AUGGACGAUCAAAGUGUCGCAAGUGCGACAUUUCAAAGUCAGAGAUUUCAAGACGAAUUUGAAGUGGAAGACGAAGAAACGACGCCUGCUUGUGGAAUAGCCUCAUGGAGACCAAACUUUCUACAGCGCUUUGCAAAACCGAAGUGGUUUCUUCUAUUUCAGUGCUGGUUAGUUCUUGCUCAGGGUAUGAUAGUUUCUGGGUUUUCUGGAGUUGUCAUUUCUUCGCUUGAAAAACGCUUCUCGCUGAAAACCAACGAGGUUGGAAUUAUCGUUAGUUGUUAUGACAUAUCUGCCGCGAUUAUGGCCAUUGUAGUCAGCUACUACGGGCACCACCACAAACCAAAAUGGCUGGGAAUUGGCGCGUUUAUUCUAGGUAUCGGCUGUUUUCUUUUCGCUCUUCCUCAUCUGUUAGUAGGAAGAUAUCAACCAGGAUCAAGCGCAAGUAAUCUUUGUACAUCUGACGUUUUUCCGGCUAGCUUGGUAUGUCGUAGUUCUGUAUGGUACCAUAUCUUUUUCUUUGUCCUCGCGGAGUUUUUGAUCGGUGUAGGUGCUACUCCAGUCUACCUGUUGGGGACAUCUUUUAUUGAUGAAAAUGUUCGGCAUUCUACCUCCGGCAUGUUCCUUGGAAUUAUGUAUGCAGUUGCUACAUUCGGUCCUGCCAUUGGAUUUUUGCUGGGAGGAGAAUUUCUCAAUAUUUAUGUGGACAUCACACAGGUACACAAAAUUAGCAUAUUCUAGAGUUUAUUCUACGUAAACUUAGCCUGCGAAAACAUCCGUUUCUCCUCGCUCUUCGCCGCUGGGGACGUUUCGCGCGGAGGAACGUCUGCGACUCAGCGACAGAAAUUCCAUCCUGAUGACGUAAAAUAUGUCCAGAAUCCGGUCAGAAGCCCUGAUUGGCCAACGGAGUAGUUACAAUGUUUUAACUAUUGUUUACGAAUGACAGACAAAAGACAAAAGGCCACAAAAGUCAAAUGUAAACGCGAUGAAUCUCUAACAAAACAGUCAAUAUUUGUGGAAUAUAGUCUUCUCUAGAACAAGCAUUUGAGUUUUGCUGGAGCUCGUUCGCAGAUGAACACAACACUUUACCAAAGCGAUCAGGAGAAAAAUUGAAUAAAUCCCAGGGGGGAGGGAUAAAUUUACAUUUGGAGCCCUACGACUACCGGAUUUAUUAAGUAAACAUUGAUUUGCGUCAUCAGUAUGGAAUUUCUGUCGCUGAGUAGCAGACGUUCCUCUGCGCGAAACGUCCCCAGCGGCGAAGAGUGAGGAGAAACGGAUGUUUUCGCAGGCUAACGUAAACUUAAUUGGGGUGCAUUCGAUUGGGAAAUCGGAAUUUGAAUUUUAAAAUCCCUAUUUUGGUUAACAAAACACAAAAUUCAAAAAUGGAUUUCAACAUUGAGAAAACUGUUGAUUGGAUUUCCUUUCUUUCCUUUCUUUUUUUUUCAAAAGAAUUUGAACAAUUUAUUUUUCUCAAGAUUGCAGGUCUUGCAUGCGAAUGCAUGAUUAACACUAAUAAAAGACCACUGUUCAUGAGAACAAAUCUUUAAAAUGCUAAAGAAGAAAAUUCAUGAAAUCCUUCUUUGGAUUUCAAAUCCACCUCAAGGACAGAUUUCUUGAUGCUGAAGUCUAUUUUCAGAUUUUGCAUUCUUUUGCAAGAUCUAAAUUUUGGAUCCAGAUUUCCCAACAGUUCUUCAAGCUUUUUGAAAACAACUUCUUCCAAUUCCAUGGAACAUAUGACAAUCACAGUGUUCUUCUUAUCAGGCGGUAACCGGUAAAAUUUACCUUCUGAAGCAACACUUCUUUCCACCUGCAAGUGCUUGAAGGUUAACUAAAAUAAAAUUAGUUGUUGAUCUGAGCAAGGUUAUGAAUGAAUUUAUGGAAGUGUACUAAAGUAUACAUAGCUUUCUUUCCAUGAGCCACAGAUUUCGGAAAGAGAGCAUUGAAGACAGAGUAGAAUUAUUGGAAUCAGACGUUUUAAAUUGUUUUCUAAAGAUAAUAAUGGCUGAUUUGUGUAAAAUAGGUCUUUAAGUGAGGGAAUGAUGUUUCGGAGAAAUUAGCUCUUAAAUUUCACAGUAAGGUCAGAUUGUCCCUCACUCCACUACCUCCCUCCCCCCGGGAAAUUGUGCCUCUGACGCUUAUUUUUUGUCUUACCAGCUUGUAGCUGGUAAGACAAAAAAUGGUCCCUUACUUGCUGAGCUAAAAGUUAGGGUGAACACUGCAAUCACUGUGUUAGUGUCCACUUUAGCAAAAUUCUCAGAUCUUAUUGGUUAUCAGUUGUUCUGAGUUCAUCAUUAAUAGGACAGUAUACAGGUGUCAUGCCUUAGUAAUUGGACAGUACACCCCAUUGUGUGCACACUUGAAUAAUUUUUUUAAUGCCAGCAAAAAAACUCUUGAAAUAUCUUGUUAUUUACUUUUAAGGGCUUUAAAAAACAUCACAAUUUUUUUUUUGUAGUUAUUAUUAAUAAUAUGGUACAUGUAACAGAACUUUGUGUCAUCGAAUUCAUUGUCUUAAAGUCAUGCUUGUGAUUUUAAAAACAAAUCUUACUCCCUCUAUGUUAAUCGUAGAGUUUGUUAAUCACUGUCUUGUAUGAAUACAGAACAAAUUGGGCUCCAUAUAUUUCAGUCCAUUAUCAUCAUGAUCAAAAUGAUUAAUUUCAGAUAUGUACUGUCAAUUCAACUUUCUUUUAGCCAGAAGGUGUUGAGCUUACACCAGAGGAUUCCAGCUUCAUUGGAGCCUGGUGGUUGGGUUUUAUCCUGGGUGGAUCAUUAUCUAUACUUGUCAGCCUUCCGAUGAUUGCAUUUCCAAGAGAGCUCCCAGGGACACCAGAAAUACGGGCUGAAAAACAAGACUCUACUGACUAUGUUGAUGAUGAUAACAUUCAACACACAUUUAAGCAGCUGCUUCCCAUGUUGAAGUCUCUUCUGACAAACAAAGCUUUUGUUUGUUUAGCUCUCGCUGCGUCCUUUGAAGGAUUUGCUGUGAGUGGAUUCUCAACGUUUUUACCAAAAUUUGUCGAGGCACAGUUCCGCAUCCCUGCUGGGAAGGCGGCAACCUAUACAGGACUUGUAGUAGUACCCGGAGGCAGUGGGGGAAUGCUGCUUGGAGGUUAUCUGAUCAAAAGAAUGAAAUGGACAUGUGAUAAAAUCAUCAAAGCAUGCUUCAUAAUUGCCUCCUUUGCAACACUGUGGACUUUUGGAUUGUUUCUGGGAUGUCCUAACAGAGAUUUUGUUGGUGUCACUCAUACAUAUGUUAACAGGUAAUGAAUCAUUUGGUUGACAAUUCAGGUGUAACAGCUUAACCCUUUUAAUACUUAAUCCCCACUAUCCACAUACAAAUUCUCCAAACUGAUCUCCUUGAGGAAUUAUGUGAUAAAACUUGUCAGAAGAUCAAAUUAGAAGAGAGCUGUAUAUUUAUUUGAAGGAUAAGCGCAAAUCCAGAGUAGUUUCCAUGGAAACUCAAAUUCUCUGUUUGUAGUCAACCCACCAUAAGGGUUAACCAAGUUUUGAACAACUUGGCAUAGGACUGUAGCUACUGCUUACUUUUCUUAAAAAUGCUUGUUGGUUAAAAAUUUAGAAGCAGGGACUACAAGUACGUGGUCAGAGUUUGGAAGUCUGCUGAUAACUAUACACUGUGCAUUUAAACAUAACCAGCAUACAUGGCUGUCAUUUCCCCUGCCUACUUUCAUAAUAUAAUGGAAGAAGAUAGAACCAAAAAAUAUAAAAUAGUCCUUACCUGUUUGACUUCCUGUGUCCACUUGUUGUAUUUACCUGGUAACUUGAAGUCUUAACAACAGCUCUGCUACAUAGUUUCUAUUUCUCGGAGGGACUUUCCCCAGUUUCAUUUAUGAUUUGAUUUAUCUUUUUUUUUUUCUGUCUUCACAAAUCUAGUUCAACACUGGAGAACAUCACUUCAUCAUGUAAUGCCAAGUGUAACUGUGAUGUGAAGUAUUUUUCACCUGUUUGUUCAAAAGAAGAUCAGCUGACCUUCUACUCCCCCUGUUUUGCUGGCUGUUCUGCAGACAAUGUAAUAGGAACCAAAGUAAGAAAUUGAAUUUCUCUAACUUGCUUAUUUGUCCCCUUAUUUUUGUAGAAAAUUUUCAACUUCAGGAUUGAAGAAUUGAUCCACUUUCUUGUCACUAUAGAAACCCUAAACUUAUCCUUGCAGUGAAAACAAGUUUACUACUCUCUGAGGGAUACAGGAGUAUCAGUAAGCACCGACAACUGACAAACCACGUCUACAGCUUCUUUGCUUAGAGAAGUUGACUGCUCUUUCCUUUAAUUAGAAGGUGGAAGCUAUUGAAUUUAAGAUUCUGUCAAAACUUAAAUUAAAAUUCAAUUUGCUGGAGUUAAACAUACUUUUUGCUUCAGUAUAAGAAUUAAAGGCUUAAUUUUUAUUAAAACCCCUGGGGAUAAAAAAAAGUAAAUAAAUAUAUUUUUUCAGAGGAAAGUGGUGACACUCUGUGCACAUGCACUCCAAUAUAUCAUCUCCAUCCUUCUCUUAAUCAUUUUGCUUUCCGUCAUUAAAAGUUAGAAACGUUUCUGAAGGAGGCAGGUAGAUUAUUUUUUGAAGAAGAUGUACUGUAACAUUCCUGCUGAAACAUUCAUGAGUGUACGUAUACUGUAAGCAGGCAAAGAAAAAUUUGAUUCCAUGAAAAAAGCCUAGACAUCCCAUAUAUAGUGGCUGUAUAUAUAGAGAGCACUCAGAAAAACUGGGGUUAAUGGACCGUUUUACAGUUGGGGGCUUUGUACCCUAGCCUUUAACCCUUUAAGCCCCAAUAUCCACAUGCAAAUUCUCCAAACUGAUCUCUAUACAUUUCCUUUAAGAAGUAGUUGAGAGAAUUUGAUAAAAGAUCAAGGCAUUUUCUGUUUGGUGAUCAUUUUAUUAAUUCAUAACCUUAUCUCUUGACAAUUUAUUGAUAUUGUUAGGAGAAUAUUGAUGUCGGUCACUAUUGGGACUCAAAGGGUUAAGUGAAUGUGGGGCUGACCUUGUCUUGAUACAAACCUUCUCUGUUUUUUUAUGGAAAUUAUGCUUGAAAAAUACCAGUUAGCAUAAGAACUACAUAAUUAACGUGAGACUGCAGGGGGUUGUAUCAAAACAAAAUAAAUUCCAGCCUCGUAAUUCCAUCGAUAACUGUAAAGAGGACUAUUUAACAAUUAUUCCUCGAGCCCAAAUGGGCUCCGAGUCAAAAUAGCCCAUGAGGCCGAAGGCCUCAGAGGCCAUGAGGGUGAGAGGAAUAAUUGUUUUAGUAAAAUCCAACUGGUUGGUCAAAAAUAUCGAGAAUAAAAAACUUUUAGCUAGUUUAAGCUAGACUUUAAUCCUUUUUUGCUGCCAAAACGGCCGCGCUUUUUGCUACUAGUGGGCUAUCAUAUAGCCUAGUACUUAAUUAGUAGCUCAGCCAAUUAGAACAAAGCAUUGAUAAUAGACCACUAGUUGGAUUUUACUAAUUAUAAUAAGCAUUCACAGAUAGUUCUACUUUUUUUGUUUUGUAGAAAUAUCAAAACUGUAGCUGCUUUCCAAUUCCACUUAGUGAAGGAAUAGAAGAAAGUGGCUGCAAACCUGACUGCAAUACACUCCUUCCCUUUCUUCUCUGUCUAUUUGGUCUCAUGGUUUUUACAUUUCUCAACAACAUUCCUGCGACCACAGCAACAUUAAGGUAUGAUUAACCCAUUCGCCCCUGAACCCCCCGUAACCGCCCGUGCGGAUCCACGUCCUUUCUACCCUUUGUGAUGUCAUCGGUUUUAACGGUCAAGGACAACUUUGUCCGCUAACUUGUGCAGAGUGAAGAGAUCUUUCAAACCAUACCAGAAUGAGCACAAUUCAGUCAAGGACACCGGAGAAAGAGGCAAAAAACCAUGUAACAUUGACCUGAAAAUCUCCAUGAAAAUCUUGUUCCAUUGCCCACCUACCUUUCCUUUCACCUAAUCCUAAGAUCCUAAAAGCUUUCCUAAAAACUAUUCCCACCAAAAUGAAGCCUACUAAAUGCCCAGCAAGAGAAAAAAAAAAUGAGGCAAGAAAAGCGAAAAAAGAGGGGAGGAGAGAAAGCGUAAAGUAAAAGUCAAGACUGCUGUGUCACUUUUAAACCCAAAAACUAUGUCGAAAUUUUGCUUUCUGCGCAUGCCCGAACUUCGCAAGCUGAUAUUUUGCAUCUGGAUCAGAAGGCCAUGAAGUGUACGACCUGUAAACUGGUUUGUGGUAAGUUUUAGCCCUUUAUAGCAAGACAGUGACUAGAAAACCACUCGACUAGCUUUAAAACGCGUUUUUUGGCAAAAUCUCCAGGAGCGAAUGGGUUAAGCAAAAUAGGUGUUGCAUUUUGUUUCUUGCCAUUUUGCAUAUGUGUUUCUUGCCAUUUUGAUUUGGUCAGCUGGGGGUGGAUAUUAAAAUAUUAGUGGAGCUCUUGUGCCCUCUCAAAGCACAUGCAGCAUUUAAUUACCAUGGGUAGUGCCUGUGUGUUCAUGUUAACGGAUAUAAAUGUUGCCCUUUCUCACUAGCUUGGAGUGCAAGGCAUUAUACAAUCUGUGUUAACUUAAUAUUGGACAUCCAUGUUACUGUCAAAGACAGAUCUAUUCAUUGUACAGUGGUGGUGUGUUUUUUUAAAGUUCUCUGCUGACCAGUUAUUGGUUUUCAAUAAUUGAUCACGGGCUCAGGUCCACUUUUUCGGGGCGAAUUCAGUUUCUUUCUUGCUUAUGGCAAAGCUGAAUUACUUGAGAAAGACUUUGAUCCUUAAAAGAUCUCUCAAGAGCCUUGCUUUUGUCCUUGAAUAAACCUAUAUUUACAGUCAGUAUAUUUGCAGUGAUGUUUUUAAUACGUGUUAGGUGAAAAAUAAGGUAGAUAUUUACAAUGAGAAUUAUCUCAACUCAUUCUCAGGUGUGUUCCAGAGAGCCAAGGGUCUUUUGCUUUGGGUAUACAACAGCUCAUUGUACGUAUAUUGGCAUUCAUACCAUCACCUAUUGUGUUUGGAUUUGCAAUUGAUACUGCUUGCCGUUUGCGUCAAAAAGAUCCGUGUGACCCUGGAGCAGAGAAAAACUGCCUAGAAUAUGACACUGAUUCGUUCAGGUAA